UCCCCAGAAAUACUGAAAAGCAAUCGAAUUCUCACUAGUCUCUCCCAGCAAGCAACCAUGGAGACCGCUAUCCCAGAGUUGAAGUCUCAUCACGAUGACCUAAUCAACUCCUUCUGCGAGAUCGCCUCUUCAUCCAAAGAAGAAGCUCAAUUCUUCCUGGAGAGUCACAAUUGGGAUCUUGACGCCGCCGUUUCAACAUUCCUUGACGACAAUCCCGCUCCCACUGCCUCUGCCUCCGCCGUUGCCGCCGCUAACCCUCUCCCGAUAUUGAAUCGCUCUCCUUCGCCUGAUUACUCUCCCUCGCAUUCUCCGUCGCGGUCUCGCUCUCCCUCGCCGACCCUUUCCCGGCCUCCGUAUGAGCUUCGAUCGAGGCGUCCCUCCGAUAAGAAGGCUGAUGAAAAAGCCUCUGGCAGUCGCCCGCGUGGCAUCCGCACACUCGCUGAUCUGAACCGCCCGGCCAGUGAUGGGUCCGGCAGCGAUGAUGAGCCACAAGAAUACUACACUGGAGGCGAGAAAAGUGGAAUGCUUGUUCAAGAUCCCACCAGAGGUAAUGAUGUGGAUGCACUUUUCAACCAAGCUAAGCAGGCGGGGGCUAUGCUAGGGUCCAUCGAGCAUGCACAACCUUCAUCAAGCUCAAAAAGUUUUACUGGAACAGCCAGAUUACUUACAGGCGAGACUGUGUCCUCUGGCCCUCAGCCACCCCAAGUGGUAAAUCACACAAUCACUUUUUGGAGGAACGGUUUUUCUGUAGAUGAUGGUCCACUGCGCCGGAUGGAUGAUCCUGAAAAUGCCCAUUUCUUGGAGAGCAUCAGGAGAUCUGAAUGUCCACGAGAGCUUCAACAAGCCGACAGGAAUACCCAAGUGCGAGUUGAAAUGACAAAACGUGGAGAAGACUACCCUGAACCAGUGAGGCGCAGGAGUGCUGCUUUUCAGGGUGUGGGAAGAACUCUUGGUGGUAGCAGCAGUGCCACCGAGCCAGUAGCUGUUGCCACUUCUGCCGUCACUAAUUCACCGCAAUCAAUGCGUUUUGUGGUGGAUGACUCGUUGCCAUCAACCUCUCUCCAGUUGAGGUUAGCUGAUGGUACUCGCAUGAUUUCUCGAUUCAACCACCACCACACAGUCAGAGAUAUUCAAUCUUUCAUUAAUGCAUCGAGGCCUGAUGGACCAAGAACUUACCAGCUUCUGACAAUGGGAUUUCCUCCCAAACAGCUGACUGAUCUGGACCAGACCAUAGAGCAGGCUGGGAUAGCCAAUUCAGUUAUCAUCCAAAAUAUCUAAGAGGUUGCUUAACUAAUUAUAAAUCUCAGUUAGUCAAAAUUCGAAUACAUUAGUCGAAGACACCUACACCUCUAUAUUUUGCUUUUUAUUUUUUAAGUAUUUAUGAUGAUAGCCAAUUCUGUGGUUUUCAUCCAAAAGCUCUAGGAGGUUGCAUAACAUGUUAUUAACUUCAACUCAUGUAGUCAACAUUUGAAUACAUAUGUGCUACACAGAGCUCGAUUCUGCAUUUUACCAAUUUACUA